CUCCAUCAGCUAAUAGGAAAUGGUUUGUUACCACUGAUUGCAAGGUGGUGCUCACCCACCUGCAGAUCACUGCAGCAUUUGAGGAGGAUUCUGUUGCUCUUGCUGAGUCAUCUAAAAAGAUGGUGGCAUUUGUUCCUCCUGUCUGAGGGUGCUGGUGAUGCCCUGCUCUCUCCCCUCCAAGUCAGCCAGUACUGCUGAUCACCUUACUCCAUGUCUAGCUCAAAUGAGGGCCGACUGGCUGAGCUCAGUCUGAUAUGACAGAUGCUAGAAGACUGGAGAAGGCAACUAGAAGUGCCUGUGUAAAGUGCUGGACUGACACUCCUGGAUGCUGGAGCCCUCUCUGUCCCUAGAACAGAAACAUGCAACAUGGCAGCAGCCAUGGAAACUGAACAGCUGGGUCUCGAAAUCUUUGGAACGGCUGAGAGCGAGGAGCAUGCUGAGGCCGAGGAGCAGCCAAAGCUGGAACCCUUCUAUGUAGAGAGAUAUUCCUGGAGUCAGCUUAAAAAACUGCUUACAGACACUAGGAAAUACCAUGGCUACAUGGUGGCCAAGGCUCCUCAUGAUUUCAUGUUUGUGAAGAAAAAUGACCCUGAAGGACCCCAUUCAGAUAGGAUCUACUAUCUGGCCAUGUCUGGCGAGAACAGGGAGAACACGCUGUUCUAUUCAGAAAUUCCCAAAACCAUAAACAAAGCUGAAGUCCUAAUGCUUUCCUGGAAACCCCUUUUGGAUCUCUUUCAGGCUUCUCUAGACUACGGGAUGUAUUCUCGCGAAGAAGAAUUACUGCGAGAGAGAAAGCGCAUUGGGACAGUCGGGAUUGCCUCUUAUGAUUAUCACAGAGAAAGCGGCACCUUUCUGUUUCAGGCUGGCAGUGGAAUUUACCACGUAAAAGAUGGUGGCCCUCAUGGAUUUACUCAACAGCCCCUAAGGCCCAAUUUAGUGGAGACCAGUUGUCCAAACAUACGGAUGGAUCCAAAACUGUGCCCAGCUGAUCCAAACUGGAUUGCAUUUAUCCAUAGCAAUGACAUCUGGAUAUCUAAUAUACUAACCAGAGAAGAAAGGAGGCUAACCUUUGUCCAUAACGAAUUGGCCAACCUAGAAGAGGAUCCCAGAUCUGCUGGGGUAGCUACUUUUGUGCUUCAGGAAGAAUUUGAUAGAUACACUGGCUACUGGUGGUGUCCGAAUGCUGAGCCAACUGUCACCGGAGGCAAAAUUCUUAGGAUUCUUUAUGAAGAAAAUGAUGAGUCAGAGGUGGAAAUUAUUCACGUCACGUCCCCCAUGCUGGAGACCAGGAGGACAGAUUCCUUUAGAUAUCCCAAAACAGGUACAGCAAAUCCAAAGGUCACUUUCAAGAUGUCUGAAAUAACAGUUGAUGCUGAAGGAAGAAUUGCAGCUGUCGUGGAUAAAGAACUCGUGCAGCCAUUUGAGAUCCUGUUUGAAGGAGUCGAGUAUAUUGCCAGAGCUGGGUGGACUCCAGAAGGAAAAUAUGCCUGGUCCAUCUUGCUGGAUCGCUCCCAAACACGGCUACAGAUAGUGUUAGUCUCUCCUGCAUUAUUUAUCGCAGUAGAAGAUGAUGCUAUGGAAAGACAGAAACUAAUAGACGCUGUGCCUGACUCUGUCACGCCACUUAUUAUUUAUGAAGAAACAACAGACAUCUGGAUAAAUAUCCAUGAUAUCUUCCACGUUUUCCCUCAAACCCGCCAAGACGAGAUAGAGUUUAUUUUCGCCUCUGAAUGUCAAACGGGGUUCCGGCACUUGUACAAAAUCACCUCGGUUUUGAAGGAGAGCAGAUACAAGCGAUCAUGUGGAGGUCUCCCUGCUCCAAGUGACUUCAAGUGUCCCAUCAAAGAGGAAUUAGCAGUUACCAGUGGAGAAUGGGAAGUGCUUGGUAGACAUGGUUCCAAUAUCCGCGUGGAUGAAGCAAAGAAACUGGUGUAUUUUGAAGGCACAAAGGAUUCCCCUUUAGAGCAUCACCUGUACGUCGUUAGCUACGAGAAUCCCGGAGAGGUGAAGCGGCUGACGGACCGUAGUUACUCUCACGCCUGCUCCGUUAGUCAGGACUGUGACAUGUUCAUCAGUAAAUUCAGUAACCAGAAGAACCCGCACUGUGUGUCACUGUACAGGCUGACUGGUUCUGAAGAUGAUGUUGCUCACAGAACGAAGGAAUUCUGGGCCACCAUUCUAGAUUCGGCAGGUCCUCUUCCGGACUACAUUCCCCCAGAAAUCUUCUCCUUUGAGAGUUCCUCAGGCUUUACACUGUAUGGCAUGAUGUACAAACCUCACCACCUACAACCUGGGAAGAAAUACCCCACUGUCCUCUUCAUAUACGGAGGGCCUCAGGUGCAGCUGGUGAACAAUCGGUUUAAAGGAGUCAAGUAUUUUCGCUUGAACACACUGGCCUCGCUGGGUUACGUAGUUGUUGUAAUUGACAACAGGGGGUCCUGCCACCGAGGGCUUAAGUUUGAAGGUGCCUUUAAAUACAAAAUGGGUCAAAUAGAAAUUGACGACCAAGUGGAAGGGCUGCAGUAUUUAGCAUCCCAGUAUGACUUCAUUGAUUUAGACCGAGUUGGCAUUCAUGGCUGGUCCUAUGGAGGAUACCUGUCGCUGAUGGCGUUAAUGCAGAGGUCAGACCUCUUCAGGGUUGCCAUUGCUGGAGCGCCAGUCACACUGUGGAUAUUCUAUGACACGGGCUACACAGAGCGUUACAUGGGACAUCCUGAUCACAACGAGCAGGGAUAUUAUCUAGGAUCAGUGGCCAUGCAAGCGGAGAAGUUUCCUUCAGAACCACACCGUCUGUUGCUGCUGCAUGGCUUCUUGGACGAGAAUGUUCACUUUGCACACACAAGUAUAUUGCUGAGUUUUUUAGUGAGGGCUGGAAAACCAUAUGAUUUACAGAUUUACCCUCAGGAAAGACACAGCAUAAGGGUCCCCGAGUCUGGAGAGCAUUAUGAACUCCAUCUGCUGCAUUAUCUGCAAGAGAAUCUUGGCUCUCACAUUGCUGCCCUGAAGGCAAUGUAAUUGUGACCUCUGUGGAACUCUGAUACACUGGCUGCUUAACCAAAUGAGGAAAUUGAUCUUUAGAGAAAAUAGAACAGAAUGUUGCAUUUUGGUGCCUGCCACAUCUGCACACACACGCGCACACACUUUUUUUUUAAAGUAAACUAGGUGCCAUACAAGGAAACUACAGUACAAUGGCCUAAUAAUUUUUAAAAUGGAAAUAAAAUCAAAUGUCUGUGGCAUGCAGCAGUACCAUGCAAAUUCUUUUGGAAGAAGCUGAAAAUUCAGUAACACAUUUCCAGCACACCGUAUCUUCACCAUCUGAAAACACUGAGCUGUGCGAGUCUAAUUGGUGUAUUUUUUUACAGUGUGUUUCUCAGUUUCUUACAAGGUGGUAAUGGAUGAUUCGCUCACUCAUGGCAAAAAUCUGUCUGGUUACAACUUGGAUAGCAUUUAAAAAUGUAAUGUGUAAUAGUUUAUGCCUCAUGCAAGGGAUUAGGAUGUUCAUUAGGAAUUAGCUGCACAUUAGACACAUUAUAUAACCAGACAUUGGGGAUAAUUUAUUUUUAAAAAGAAACACUUUUUUUAGCUGCCUCCUGAAGAAGAUUAUAAUUUGGUUUUAACUAAGAUCAGGCCAGUUUUUUCAGUGAGCUCAUCUCUGCGUAGUACAGAUCUUGCUGCUUUUUUUCUUUUGUAGUGUGAUAAACAGCUUGUACCUGAUUUCACACAGGGAGGUGAAAAAUGUAUUUUACAAUAACAUGGGCAGAAAAGUUAGCCUUGUAUGCUGAGACACAAACUAGUUUUAAGCCAAACAGCUGAAACUCGGUAUAUUUCUCAUAUUUUAAAAAUACAGCCUAUUCCCAGGGACUUUGUCCCAAUGUGUAUUUUGGAGCUAUUUUCAAAAUACUUUCCUAUCUCAGCAGGUGGGUAUAUAAAUAUUCCCCCACUAAGAUUUUAAAAUUCCAACACCUAAGUGCAAGUGUCCACUGGGGAGUUGGUAAGAUGGGGGCCUAUCAACACUACGUUGAAGCAGUGCAAAUGGUGUUUUAUUAAAUUUUUUGUUGUCAUUAUUCUAGCAUUAUUCUCAGAUCAGUGUUGAGAAAGUUUGUCCUUGUCACCCUGCUCCCAUGUAUAUAUACACACAUACACAGACUCCAUCACCCUUGAGCCAUCUCUAGCACUGCGGUGUAGCAUAGUCAUAUGCUGUCCUCCGAGAGAAACCCUUGUCUGUGUUGCUUAAGGUAAUGCUGCUAGAACCUAGCACCCUGCAAUGUAAAAUCACAUUAAAGCACGAUUUUCUUUGCUAGUGUGGUUUUAACUGUGAUAUGGACUUGGCUGAAAAAUGUGAAGUGUUUGAAAAUACUUUUAACUUUCAAAAUGUUGCUUAAAAUAGAACUCCAUAGUCAAAUUAUUACUUUUAAACCAGAAAACUGUGCCUGGGGUUUCUGCGUUAGCUUCCCAUCAUUUUUAGGUACUUUCUUUUAAAAAACCAAGAACUUUUUCCCUUCUAUUUUGAUGCUACAGAGAGAGAAGCAGAGCAAGAUUCUCUUUUCAUCUUUUGAAAUCUGGAUGCCCUGUGGCUUGUGUUCCUACUUGAAAUACCCCAAAUAUUGUAGCAAUGUGCUUUAAUAACUUGUGUAGGUGUAUGAAUGAUCAGCAGACCCUAGAACUCUAACAUUUAAAACAAUAGGCCCUGACUUUGGUGUUCGUGACACUGGUAUUAAUUGGGAAUAACUCCACUGGAAUCAGUGGAAUCACCUGGAUAUAGGAGCUGUAUAAGAGACAUCAGAAUCAGGAUCAUUGGCUUAUGCUAAAGGUAGUCAAAGCAAACACACUUCCUGUAAGCGUAUAUGGUGUUUUUUUGUUUGUUUUUUCCCCAGAUCACACACAAUUAUUCUGAAUUGGACUGAUGAUAUUUAAAGUCCUGUAAUUUACACCAAUAGCAUAUGGAAAAUAGGUUUAUAGGUUUUUAUUUUGGGGAACUGGGGGAAUGUAAGGGGCCCAGUGUCUACACAGUCUUCUCUGUACCAACAAUAGCUAAUUAUUGUAACUGAAGUGAAUUCGCUUCAGAAAAAGCUGGUGUUUUUAGCCAUCCUAUGGCAUGUGCUGUAGUUAGUAUUUACAGACAAGCUGGUACAUUGAUAAGCUUGAAGAAUAACAGUGUGCCAGUUAGUAUAAAAACUACAAAUUUGUUACUAUGGUAUCCCACCUGGUUCUUUACGUAUUUAUGCUGAGGUGUAUAUAUGCAUAUAUCUAUGGGCAUGUCUACGCAGCAAAAGAAAACCCAGGGUAGCAAGUCUUAACAGCCCAGGUGAACUGACUCAGGCUUGCACUGCAGGCUAACAGUAGCAGUGCGGACAUUCAGGCUUUGGACUCUGGGACUCGCACCGCAGGUUCUUUUGUUGCUGUGUAGACGUCCCCUGCGUCAGUCCAUAUAUACGUAUAUGUAUAAAAUAACACAUGGAUGGUAUCACAUUUUCCAAGGUUGUUUAUAUUUUGUUCAAUGUUAAAUUAACUGGCGUUUGGGGGUAUAUUUUUGUUCCUCCUCCAGAGAUUCUCUCUUGAAUAUAAAUGUGUAUGAUUCUGAAGUAAAAAUCAAUUAUUUUGUACAGAACGGCCUCUAUGGAACAGUGCUUACAGCAAAGGCGGAAUUAAAUGCGAUUCUGGUAAUCAGAUCUAGAUUUUGGUUUAGCACUGAACAUAACAUUGCUUACAUGUAACUUUUUAAUAAUGCAUUCUCUUUAUUUUAAUAUAUAUCAGAAAACUAUUAAAGUACCAAGUAUGUCCUCUG